CCUAUAAGAGGCAGAGCGCUGCAGCCGGAGCCUAUUGUUAGCCGGAGCCGGGGCGGUUCUGGGCUGUGCUGCCCGGGGUACCCGAGUGCAGAGCCGCCCGCCCCCCGCCGCCUGCCGGCCGGCCCACACACCCUGCAGCCCCGGGAGCCUCGCGACGGGCCGGGGGACCAGCACGCCUCGGUCUUCCCUCCCUGCACACGGGCUGAGGCGGCAGCGGGGGCGGCGGAGACCGUGACGGGAGAGGCGGCGGCGGCGGCGGGGCCGUGAAGUCUGGGUAGCUGCUCUGCAGUAAUGCAGCCAUGUCUCCUGGGCAGUGCUGUUAAUCCUGCUGCAGUUAGCAACCAGUGAGAUCAUAGUGUGGGAAGUGUCUUACCUCGUCACGUGUGGGUUUGGCUCUGACAGCAUUUCUCCUGUACAGACUCAUGUCCUUUCGGAACGUAAGUCCACAGAAAGAUGGAGAGAGACCUGGGCCUGGUUGUGUUGGGGUAGCCAGGACUAAUUGUCACUUCCUUUUCUGUUUUCCUUGAUGGUUUCUCUUCAGAGGCCAGAGAUCAUAAAGCUCUAUUUCCUUCUUUGCACAGGGAAUGACGAGAGACCAGUAUAAGAUUGAGAAUAAGUCUGGUUUUUGUUUCAUUUAUGGGGAUGGGAUCGAACCCUGGGCCUUGUGUAUACUAGGCAGCAGUCUGUCACUGAGCUACACCCACAGCCUCACUUUCUGGGUUUUGAAGCCAGUGUAGAUUCUAAUGUUGGCUCCUUUCUUUAGUACUGAAUUUGCCCUUUCUGGGAGCCUGGUGAGACACUUCACACUGGUGAAGAUCUGGGUCAAGGGUUUUCCUGACUGCCAAUGUCCUUCAAAAUUGAGAGCCUGGAGCAGAAUUUCCCAAAGUGUGUUCCAGGGAUUAUCUGCCCUACCAUACUUUGGAAACAGUGGGUUCAAUAAUCAGGUUGUGAAAUGCUGCAUAGUUUCCCCCAGCCUUUACCAUGAGAGCUCAUACGUAUAUUAAAAAUCCCUGAGAGGUUCUGCCAUGAGUGGUUUUCUAAACUAUUUUAACAGCAGUCCUAUUUUCAUUCAAAAAGCUAUUAAUAUCCAUGGAACUAGUGUAUUUAAGAUAUACACUUGGGGAAAUGCCAGACUAUGUUACCACUGGGCUAAAUACUUGGGUCUGACUUUGGUUUAGGUAGAGGCUCUGCUGUCUUUGAUCUAGUCCCCCAGUGAUCCUGGGAGUGCCCUCCUGUGUGAUCUGAAGAAAGUGAAUGGCAGCUGGGCCAGUGACUCCUGUGGCCUGCUGGAUGGAGCAGCAGCAGGGUGGGAGGUGCUGCUGAGACUCACUACUCUGAAGGGAAGUGAGUAGGAACGCUGGCCAGUCAGCAGAGAAGCGACCUGGUCCUGAGAAGCCAGACUAGUGCCAGGCCAGGUGCGGAGCUUCUCUUCAGUUAGAGCCAUGUGUUUACGAGGAGACGGGUCUGUCUCGCUCGGGACAGCGCUGCUGACUCUUCUUCUCCCCUGGGCAGAAUCCUAAUGCUCCUGGCUAGCUGGUGGUGAGCAGCUUCGGGGCCAUCGUGGUUGGCUCCCCAAGGAAACCUUUUGCAGCCAAUGGAUGCAUUCUCGGGCUCAGGGCUCAAGAGGAAAUUUGAUGAUGUGGAUGUGGGCUCCUCAGUCUCCAACUCAGAUGAUGAGAUCUCCAGCAGUGACAGUGCUGACAGCUGUGACAGCCUCAACCCUCCCACGACCGCCGGCUUCACACCCACAUCCAUCCUGAAGCGGCAGAAGCAGCUGCGGAGGAAGAAUGUCCGCUUUGACCAGGUGACUGUGUACUACUUUGCCCGGCGCCAGGGUUUCACCAGCGUGCCCAGCCAAGGUGGAAGUUCUUUGGGAAUGGCCCAGCGCCAUAACUCUGUACGCAGCUACACCCUUUGUGAGUUUGCACAAGAACAGGAGGUGAACCAUAGAGAGAUUCUUCGUGAGCACCUGAAGGAGGAGAAGCUUCAUGCCAAGAAAAUGAAGCUGACCAAGAAUGGGACAGUGGAGUCGGUGGAGGCUGAUGGCUUGACACUGGAUGACGUUUCAGAUGAAGAUAUCGAUGUGGAAAAUGUGGAGGUGGAUGAUUACUUCUUCCUCCAACCCCUGCCCACCAAGAGGCGACGGGCCCUGCUGAGGGCGUCCGGGGUCCACCGGAUUGAUGCCGAAGAGAAGCAAGAACUGAGAGCCAUCCGCCUGUCUCGGGAAGAGUGUGGUUGUGACUGUCGGCUCUACUGUGACCCAGAAGCAUGUGCCUGUAGCCAGGCUGGGAUCAAAUGCCAGGUGGAUCGAAUGUCCUUUCCUUGUGGCUGCUCCAGGGAUGGCUGUGGAAACAUGGCUGGGCGAAUUGAAUUUAAUCCAAUCCGAGUGCGGACUCACUACCUCCACACUAUCAUGAAGCUGGAGCUAGAGAGCAAACGGCAGGUGAGUCGCCCAGCAGCCUCUGAGGAUGAGCCCUUGCCUGCUACUGGCUGCAGCCUGUCUGGAGCCCAGAGCUCUGAGACCCAGGACUUCCAGGCCUUCAUCGCGGAGAACGAGACCGCGGUGAUGCACCUGCAGAGCGCAGAGGAGCUGGAGCGGCUCAAGGCCGAGGAGGACCCGAGCGGCUCUAGCGCUAGCUUGGACUCAAGCAUGGAGAGUCUGGGCGUGUGCAUCCUGGAGGAGCCCCUGGCAGUUCCCCAGGAGCUGUGUCCAGGCCUGGCCGCCCCUAUUCUCAUCCAGGCUCAGCUGCCCCCAGGUUCCUCUGUCCUAUGUUUUACUGAGAACUCAGAGCACUCGGCUGCCUCCCCGGUGAGCAGCCCAUCCUACUUGAACAGCGGUCCUCUGGUGUACUACCAGGUAGAGCAGAGGCCAGUCUUGGGAAUGAAAGGAGAGUCUGGUUCAGAAGAGGGCACAGCCUCCUUCCCCAAGGAGAAAGAUCUGAGUGUUUUCUCCCUUCCUGUUUCCUCGCUGGUGGCUCGCAGCCCCUCAGACUCAGCUGCCCUCUGUAAGCCAGAGGUGGGGAAAACACCCACUGUUGACAAACUAUUGCCUGAGGACUGUAACGCUAAGGAGCCUGAGAGUGAGGACUUGCACCCCUCGUGGUCUCCAGGGCUCCCCUUCCGAAUGGACAGUGAAGAAGGCUGUGGAGUGCAGGACUCCCAGCAGAGUGAGGACCGGACCCCUGAAGACUCUGCCCUAGAGCUCCCUCUGACAGUGUGACCCGAGAUAGACACUGCUCAUUCUCUAUUUAUUAUCAACGCCAUUUCAAAACAAGACUGCUGCUCCCAGGUUAUUUUAUUGAAAAUCUUAGGAAAAUGGGUAGGAAGGGGUUGUUAGUACAUGUAUUUUUUAAAAGGGGAAGAGACCAGCCCCACUCAGUUUCCAGUACUGAGCUCUCUUGGCCACCAGAACAAAGAUGUCGAUCACACAGUAAGCUGGGUAACUUCUUUAUGCAUGGGGCCAGAACUAAGGACGUGAGCAGCUAGCUCUCUGCAGGGCAGCUCCUCCUCACCCAUCUUGGUGUAUCAGUCACACUGUUAGAAAGGCCACUCGGCUGAGUCUAGAAUGGAGGCCACAGAAGAAUCUCUGCUUCUGUACAAAACUCCCAUCCUAAAAAUUGACCCUGCUUUCUCCCACCUCUUAACUGGGAAAUAAGUUAAUUUUCAACGUGUUUGGUGUUCCCUGACCUGCUCUGCAAAUGGGAUUCCUGGUCUGUAACUUGAAUUAUUUCUUUGAGAUGUUCUUAGGUUCUAGAGUUAAACUUCUCUGCCUUUUUCCCAUCUUUUCUCCUUAAAAGGGAAAAAAUCCUGGUUGGAUAUGAACAUGGUACAGAGCAUAAGUCAUUAGGUAGGAGUCCAGUAGAACAGUCUGGAAGAUGACUCUGUUUGCUUUCUCACCUAGUACACACACACACACACACACACACACACACACACACACACACACACACUCUCUCUCUCACACACACACACUCACACACUCCUUUUGGGAGAGCUUGGCUCUAAAUGGAAUAUAAAGUGUAGUACAAGGUCAUCAGCUAGUUAGGAUUCUCUUCCUCUAUAUGUACCCUUUCGGUACUUGGUUAUCUAGGUUUAGAGAGCUCUUUGGAUGUUACAGUUCAAUCCUGAGAACUGCAGGUUUUAUUGGACACCCCCCCCAAUCUUAGAGAUUUAUGAAACCAAAGUCAAACUGAUUCUUAGUGUGUGACUUAGGACUCCCAGAUUCCAAAGGAUUCAAGAUCUGAUUAUAAUCUUUGGAAUCUAUGGACUGGGACUCAGACUCAACACUUACCUCAGUCAGGAGUCCUUACUCUCCCAUGCCUUAGUUAAAAGUUCCCGGACCCACUCAGCACUGACUUCUUUACUGGAAGUGUUCCUCUGCCUCCUGUUUAAAUGGAGGUGGCAGGAGCGGUUUUCCUCUGUCAUUCUUUACUAACCGGGAAAGAAAAACAAAGCUUACUUUGAUUUUUUUUUUUUUGAGACAGGGUCUCG